AAUCUUACAUCCAAUGUUGCCAAUCGGUUAAAUAGCUAAUGGUGAAAUACACUUGUACUCGAUGCCGAACGAUACUACUCUAUAUAUAUCAAUUCCAUUGCACAGCUUCGAUAUUGCGCGCAUUUCUAAAAAAUUGUUUCGUUUAAGAUUGAUGAAUCCGGGUUAUUAUUCAGCCAAAGACCUCUUGGCAAUCAACUAAUGCUGUGAUGGCGCCGGCACGAAAGACGCGCUCCGAACAAAACACGAUAAUAAAUGCGCUAACUGAUAAAACUCUAGCGGCAAAUAUAAUGAAAACAAUGCCAAAGGCGAAGGGAGUAAAGCACAAUGAGCAGCAGGAAACUUCCUCCUAUGAAAAGCGAACAACUCGCAAGCAAUCGUCAGAGGCAGAGCAACCGCAGCGCUCGUUGAGGAAACGUCUCGAAUCCGUGGGGAUGGAUCGGUCACAGUUCAAAGAAACGAGAAAGCGAACCAUGUCAAGCGAGGCGCUGCAACAGCAGGAGAAUGAGCAGCCGGCAGUUGUUGCCAAGCUGAAGCAACGCAAGCAACAGCCUUCAAGUAAAACUCGAUCUCGCAAAGAAUCGACAGCAUCCACAUCGACUGAGGAGUCCGAGCCGCGUAUUGCAAGCAAACGUAGCAAGAAAACCCCUGCAGCAAGCCAUAAGAAUGGAUUGCAUAUGCAGUUGGAAGCGUUUGAGGAAGAAUUGGCCAAUGCCAACAACAACCAUACGGAGGCAACAAAAACAAAUAUCGUUAAGCUAACCAAAGCAACAACUUGUUAUACGAAUAACAAUAAUAAUAGCGAUUAUAUUGACAUGGAGGCUGAGAAGGAAUACAAUCGAGUUGUGCAACGCAAAACAGAGGAGCUGAGGGCAUUGAAUGACGCAUUAGUUGUUCCACCAGUGGAGGUAGCCAAAGUCGGUUACACGCACGAUCAGCUCAAGCAGUUUCUGCUCAACUCGAGUAUCGCCAACAGCUUCCCCAAUGCUCUGCAGGAACAGGGCACUAGUCAGAUGCUUCGUGGCCUAAUUGACGGAGUGUCUUCAUUGGAGGCAUUACAGCUAGAUGAACUGCUCGAUCUGUAUCAUUUGGGUAUUAUGAUGCAGCAUUAUGAGCUGCUGAACACGCAUUGCAUGGGGUAUCGUUGCGAGCUCUUGGAGAUCGUUUGUGAUCUGGCAUCUGAGCUGGAACCUCAAGAUGCCGAUAUGAUCGGCAUGAGCUUGUGUGAUCGAUUUGUGAUGGGCACAGGAAGAACGCGUAUGGAGUGCGUGAUCGAUAUGCACAGCUCGAUUGUGCAACUCAUUAAGAUGGGCGACGAGAUCAAUCGUCGUAUUGCCAUGACAAUAUUGCUGGCCACAUUCUCAAAGGUCUCCGGUCAACCGAUUCCGGAAAAAGAGAAUGAUGUGAUCAUGCAAGCUUUCGAAAUGGCACAGAAAGUGAACUGGACACAUCUGUCGACAUCGGGAUGCGAGGCGGAUGUGUUUGUUCUCGUUCGCAGCUUUGGUUUGAUUCUCAAUACGCAAGAGAAUCGUCGUCCACAUUGCGAUUGGGAUAGGCAAAUGGGCAGCGAAAUUCACAAGUAUUUCAUGACAGUAUUGCGCACUGUGCGCUUCUCCAAAAACUAUAAUUUCUUUGCCAUGAUGGUUGAGCGUUAUAUUGCUUUUUGUGUUGUUCGUGGAGCUACAGCGCGUGCUCACACAACGGAAAUGCUGCCCGAUUAAUCUCACACUCAAAUUCUUAAUUAGUUUUUUUUUAUUCAUAAUCUUUAAUUUUAAUCUAAAAUUAUUUGUUUUUGGAAGUAUUACAAGACAUUAAGAAGCAGCAAGUCACAGCGAUGUCAACAAGUGUGUGUGAAAGCUUUUGUUAGUUGUGUUGUAAGCUUUGUUGGGCCGCAGUCAAUGAGCUUUCGACCGGCCGGCCGCCCAUUUUGGAUUGGGGCAGUUUUGGCCGGUGGCGACGUUGGCUUAACGCCUGGCAUUUUGUCUGAUUAAGUUGGCUUUGUGCACGCACUCACAACAUAUGUAUUUCUUCUUUUCUUUUUGUUUGUUAUUUACUCAGUCGCGCAAAACACAAGAAAAGUGUCGCAUCCGCUAACUGGAAACAUAUUUAAGCUUAACAAUUUUGAAAAUUUGGUGUUUCAUUUAAUUUUUGCUGUAAUACGAUAUCAUGAAACUAAUUUAAAUAAAAAGUGCUGUUAUUUGUUAACAAACA